CUGUUAGCAGGGCCUGGCGACUGGCGAAUUCUUCCUAACCCCCGGGUAAACUCCCGGGCUGAGAAACUGGUUCCGAACCCAACGGAACCCAGCGCUGGGCAACGCCGGGUCACGUGGCUGGCGGCCUCAUGACGUGCGGGCUGCGAAGCGUCACCGUGACGUUCGGGCGACCUGCCGAGUGGCCUCGCUACCUCCACAAACUGUGCAGUGGCGGUGGCGUGAUGGACCUGGGCCCUAUGCGCAAGAGUUACCGCGGGGACCGAGAGGCAUUUGAGGAGACUCAGCUGACCUCCCUGGACCCCAUGAAGCAGUUUGCUGCCUGGUUUGAAGAGGCUGUUCAGUGUCCUGACAUAGGGGAGGCUAAUGCCAUGUGUCUGGCUACCUGCACCAGAGACGGAAAACCCUCUGCCCGCAUGGUGCUGCUGAAGGGCUUUGGCAAGGACGGCUUCCGCUUCUUCACUAACUUUGAGAGUCGGAAGGGAAAAGAGCUGGACUCCAAUCCCUUUGCUUCCCUUGUCUUCUACUGGGAGCCCCUCCACCGUCAGGUGCGAGUGGAGGGCUCCGUGAAGAAGCUGCCUGAAGAGGAGGCUGAGUGCUACUUUCACUCCCGCCCCAAGAGCAGCCAGAUUGGGGCUGUGGUCAGUCGCCAGAGUUCUGUGAUCCCUGAUCGGGAGUAUCUGAGAAAGAAAAAUGAGGAACUGGAGCAGCUCUACCGAGAACAAGAGGUGCCAAAGCCAAAGUACUGGGGUGGCUACAUCUUGUACCCACACGUAGUGGAGUUCUGGCAAGGCCAAACCAACCGUCUGCAUGACCGGAUCAUCUUUCGGCGGGGCCUGCCAACAGAAGACUCCCCUUUGGGGCCCAUGACCCACCGUGGGGAGGAAGACUGGCUCUAUGAGAGACUUGCACCCUGACUCCCAAUCUGCUGGCACCAACUGGACCUGGGGCCGGGUGCUAAGAGAGGGUGUGGGGUGGUGAAAGGGACCCUUCUGAACUCAGCCUAUUUCCCCCCCCACCCCUUAUAUUUAAGGCUCUUCAGAGUUCAAGCUCCGAAUUCUGUACUUUCAGUUGGCUCUCAAGUAGGUAGUCUAGUGGAGCAUAAACAGUGGCGUAGAGAAUCACAAAUGGGAAAAAAAAAAUCCCAUAAUUAUUUUCUUGACCUUGAGUAUGAUUUAUUGGAAUAGCUCCCUCUAGAGGUAGUAGCUGGUGUGAUUCCCUUUUCUAGUGACCCUGGGUGGGCCCCCGUGGCCCUGUCCACCAGGGUAUGACUGAGUCAUACUGCCCGAAGCUUACUGGUUCCAGCAUAAGCACCUGAGCCAAUCUGGCCGAUCCGUUUUUUUCUUGUCAACAAUUUGAAAUUUGAAAUGGAGAGACCCAGAGCAUGAGAGGGAUUGUAGCCAAGUCCUACGGUGGCAAUGGCAGCCAAGAAGCAAGCCUCCAGGUGCUGUUCCUGUAACUCCCUGAGUGACCUUGGAUCCCUCCUUCCCACGUCUGGGCUGUGUAACUCCUCCUCCUGCCUCAAAACACCCAUCAUCCCUGGUUUUGUUUUGGUUUUUGUUUUUUAAAGGAAGUUUUUGGCUUGAACUAGCCAGAAUCACUUUUUGUUGCUUGCAACUAAAGGAAGCUUCAUUAACUUACUUACUACUAGGGUAUUUUUAUAGCCCUGUACCCCACUGAUAACUGCCUCCCGUUAUCUGAAGCACAACAACGUGGAAAAGAGAUGAAAUGUAUUCUCUGGAGCUCCAAGGAACCCAGAGGUGGGAGUUGCAUGAACGUAGAUUUUCCUCUCUCAAUUCGGGGAGAGACUUCAGACAACCAGGGCUGCCUAAGAGGGAGUGGACUGUUAGGUAGCAAGUGUCUCCAGAAGUUUUCGAUCCCUGGUAGUCAGGAGUUUUAUAGAAGGGACUCAUGUGCUGGUACCUAUGAGCCAGGCAGAUUUCAAUCAAGCUUUACUUAACAUAUUUGUUUCUGAGAGCUACAGAUGUGCGUACAUACACAUACAUAUGUAUAUUUCAUUUUCCAGGUAUAAAAUUGUUAUAGAGAUGAUACCUUUCUGACUACUCAGGCAUCCCCUUCACCUACUCCCCGCCUCUGUGGAUGAUGACUCCUAGAUACAGGUUUUCAUCCAUCCUGGAAUUACCCAGGGAGCUUUAAUCACACGUGAUUUCACUGGUCUGAGUGAGAUCUGAACUUCGGGUAACUUAAAAGCUCCCCAGGGAAUUGUGUGCAGCCAAAAGUUGAGACCCCGGGUUUAGAUCUACUCGGUGUGGUCCACAGACCAGCAGCAACACCGCUUGGGAGCCCACCUCAGACCCAUGAAUCCCAUUCUGCAUUUAAUAAGUGCCCCCCCCCCCCAGUGACCGAAUGCAUUGUCCCCAACUUCCACAAACAAACGACCUCCCACCCUCACCACUGGAUUCUUCAUCAAGCCUGGGCUGAACCGUAUUUGCACACUCCUUGAGCACAAGUCUGGUGACAAGGACAACUUGAAUGAAUGGCCUACAGGCCGGGCUGGGUAAAUGUUUGCUGUGACUAAGCCAGAAUCUGAGAACUAUUAUUUGUACGUGUUGGCAUGGAACUUGCCAAGUCUGUACACGGUUUCAUUCCACUGUGUGGGUGUGUACUCUGCUUCAGCGUCUGCCAUUAAGUGGUUCCUCCAAGGGAGGCCCUCUUGGUGUUGAUCCCCCUCAUAAGCCCAAGUGCAGGAAGGCGCAAUGCUAACCCUGUGGCCACUGAAGGAGAGGGUGCUGGGGUGCCCUUCUGUACUUUGUCCCGUUACUGGGAGCUCUGUAUCCUCCACCCCCUAGCUCUGAGCCUGCUUUCAGCUGUCCCUUUCCUGUUCUUUGACAAUCACUGUGCCAAGUCUGUAAUAAAACUUCGUCAGCCGUGUGUGA